AUGUUGGCUCGAUGGUCCCACUCCAUCAAGAAUCUUCGCUGGACUUGGGACGAUACAAUCUCUUUGGGACAACUCAACCAUCUCAAGCAGAUUCUUCUGGAGAUCCUACCGUCUAAGACUUCCACAAUGUAUGGAACGAGCCUCAUAUUCAACAACCAAACAAACUCUGAUUUGGGCUCUGACUGGUAUGACAAUUAUCAAGCUCCACAGCUUGACGGCAAGCAGCUUUUUGAACGACGCAUGUGGGUUUCAGGUAGCCUAAGAUUUGGGAGUAUUCCAAAGAUUGGCGACCAUCUACGAUGUGCUGAGCGUGUCUCCCUGGUAAGGCGAGUUGGUGAGUCUGUAUUCGUCACAACUGAGAGGGAAACCAAAAAAUUGAGCAUCACACAACGGCUUUCAGGUGCCAACUGGGAAGUUACUGGAAGUGAGGAGGGCGAGUCCCUCGUAAGCGAGAUAAGGACGUUGGUUUACAAGCAAAAAGAAGACGAUCAAGCUUGUACGGUCGAUAAUGACCAUCAAAACACGUCAAAGGUUGGUCAGCAUUCAUCAUGCGACAAGUCAGCUGAAUUUGUCAUCUCUGAGGGGCAAGUCUCUCGGUUCAGCGCUCUUUCCUACAACCUACACAAGAUACAUCACGAUAAAAACUACAGUAAGGAGGAGGGUCUCUCUGAUGUUGUUGUACUGGGCCCCAUGCUCGUUAAUGUGAUGCUUCACUACUUUGCUCUGGAGUUUCCAGCGAAGGAGAUCAAGUCGUUCACUUAUCGUAUGAGCGAGCCCUGCUACGUGAACAGAGUAUUAAGAAUAGAACUUCGAAGGGCCAUUGCCAAUGAUUCCCUUGAGAUUUCUGUCUGGGAUAAUUCAAGGAAUCUAUGUCAUGGGAUUGUGAGAGAAAAGAGCACGUACGGUUGA